AUGUCGGCCCCUUCUCACGCUGCUCCAGACCGCGUGCCCACAUCAAUCUCUCGACCGCCUUCACGCUCCAUGAACAAAUCGCCAGUGCAUUCGGCCUCCUCCACUUCUCUAGCUCAUCGACCUCAACCUCCCGAUUCCUUGCAGCAACGUCUACGAAGCACUCAUCCCAUUCCCACUUCCUCGCCCAUCACUGUGGAUGUGCUCGCUACUCCUUCUCGAAGCAAUACACCUGUUCCAAGGAUAGCCAGCCCGGAUGACGCUCAUGUGGCAGUCGCUUCAUCGCUGGACAGCAUCGAUAGGAGCCACACGAGCUCUCCUUCGCCCGGACUGGCCGGCGGACCGAGCGUGGACAUUGGCAUCUACCCCGAUGAAGUGUACGAUGUGUACUUGGGACCUGUCAUUGGGCCCAUCAGAAGGAUUUUGAUCAGAAGCCUGAAGCGGGAGAGCAGAUGGCUAGCUUGGCAUCAAGUGAGUUGUGCAAUCAUACCAAGCAAUGCAGUAGGGGCGAGCGGCGUGUACAGUCUCAUGGAGCUCUCCACGCUCUGUGCUGCUUUGCGAACAGCCCUCCGUGGCUGACCUAGCCAUUUCGCUGCCUCGCUUGUCCGCAGACGAUUGUAAGGAGGCCAAAUCUGGACAGAUACUUUGUGUACACUUCGCUCCUCGGCACGCACUCCUUCUUUCUGAUCUUCUUGCCAAUGGCCUUUUGGCUCGGCAGUCCUAUGCUAGCUCGCGGACUGGUCAAUGUCCUUGCAUUCGGCGUCUACUUUUCCUCUGCCAUCAAGGAUCUCUUUUGCAUUCCUCGACCUUUUAGUCCGCCAUGCACCAGGUUGGUCAUCGGUACGACUCACCUGGAGUAUGGGUUUUUGUCCACGCACAGCACCAACGCUAUGGGGGUUGCAUUUUAUCUUUACCUCUGGCUUGGUGCCUUGAGAUCGCAAGCGCAGUCACCCGUCCUGGACAGCUGGUUCUGGGAGAUUCUGCUGGGAUACUAUGCAAUCAGCGUCGUCUACGGGAGGCUGUAUGCUGGCAUGCACAGUCUAAUGGGUGAGUAGUAGGUCUUGUCAGCAGAGAAGGAUAGGAAUGUCGACCUGUUCUAAAUGUCACGCUUCUCAUUUCCCGCACUCUCAUUCUAGAUUGCGUCGCAGGCUCGUUGCUAGGGGCAGGAAUCUCAUGGGUGCAGUGGCACUUUAUGGACGCGAUUGAGCGGUUUUACAUCCUGGAGGGCUGGACAGUCCCACUGGUGUCGAUCCCAGCAACCCUCCUCAUGGUCUCUAUUCAUCCGCAACCGCUAGACGAUUGUCCCUGCUUCGAAGACGCCAUCGCUUUCAUCGCCGUGGUCCUGGGUGUGGUGCUGGCCAGAUGGGCAAAUUGCAAGUGGGACCUUUUGGAUAGGAACGAUCAUCCUCUUGACUCGCAUUGGCCCGACGGUCCAGGUGUUGCAGAGAAAGCAAAGCAGAUGUGGUACGGAGCUAUCGGUAUCUCUGAGCCGCAGCCUUGGCUCGAUUCGUUGCAAACGAAGGGAGAUGCUUCUGGCCUCUUGACUUGGGCGCUUUGGGGCCUCAAAUCCGUCACAGCACUGGUCCUCGGUGGGUGGACACGCCUCAGAACGACUGUCACGCGUGGGUCUGGUGCUGACUCAACACUGAAACGUCCCUCAUUUUGCAAUGGACAGGCGUUGCUUUGAUCAUGGCGGUUAGAAUAGCGACAAAGACCAUUUGCCAGGUUAUCCUCCCUCCGACACUGAGAUUUGUGCAGGAUUCAUUCGGCGUGAUCAUCCCACGAAGGCAUUACUUUUCCGCCGCGACGUAUCUGAGGAGAAGCAGCAAGGACGAAUCCAACAGCAAGAAGCAGAUGUCGAGUGAAGGAGGAGAAUAUCCUGCACCCUUGCGGUAUCCGUCGCCCACUCCUGCGCAAGCAUCUUCUAGGAGACGGUCCGGCUCGCUCGAGCGCAACAAGAUUCGCUUCACGCUCGGUGAUGGCUCCACUCUGCCGGUUCCUAUCACGAGUCAUUUGGCAGAGUUGCCGGGCGAUAGUCUGGCCAAUCGUAUGGCUGGCGCGCUUUCAGCGGAAGAGAAGCAAAGGCAACAGGAUGAGCAGAACCGCGGGUUGUCGUUCGAACGACCCGAGAAUAGAACACAUGCUGACAAAGUACGGCAUUAUGACGCUGACGGUGAGUGUCUGACCAGCUGCGCAUCUUACUGCACAAGAUUUGGCUCGCUGAUGUACCCCUUGCUCAUGCCGCCUCGCAGUCCUCGCCAAGGUCAUCGUAUAUGCCAUGAUCGGCUUCGCUGCCUCCUGUCCCAUCCGCCUCGUACUUAUAUACUUGGGUCUGACGUCUCCAUAA